GAACUGUAAUAUUUGACGCCCUGUUAUAACAUAUAUAUAUUUCUAAUUACAUUUAAAGCUUAGCUGCAACAAAACUGAAAACACGCUUUCCCAAUAUUGUGGGUUUAGUAGAUAUUUGAUUAGUGACAAGGACAAUAGCAGCGAACGUUACUUCCUGUAACUGUCACAGAAACCUCCUAUAUUCUGAUUCUGAUUGGCUUAAACAAUUCGAAUCAAAGCCAGCCUUCCGCUCUAAAAACGACCAAUCACAACACAAGUUCAAGUUUUUGCAGCCAAUCACAAUUCAUGGUCUCCUAGAGCGGGAGGGUCCGAAUACGGAAGUAUGGCGUCUUCAUUUUGUUUAGCUACUUAAGCGCCAAAACUGCUAUAAUGCGUGGUGGGUUUUGAUUAAAAAAUACUUUUUGGUGGUUAAUUAAGCACCGAAAAGGCCCAGCUUCUGUGAGAGAUGGAGGAGCUCUACACUUUGGAAAAGGAGGUAGGACGUGGUAAUUACGGUGUGGUCUUUGAGGGCCGUAUAGCCAAAACAGGAGAGCGGGUGGCUAUCAAGCGUCUGCCCUGCAAGAACGCAGAAUGCAUUGAACUCUACUUGCAAGAGUUGUGGGCCAUGAAAGCCACAGCCAAAAAACAUGCCAAUAUCAUUGCAUUGCACAAUUACCUCCUGCAGACCGGGAAGUGGAGUUUAAAGCCGUUAAAAGGAGGCAAGUUGCCACUACAUCUCGUCGAAAGUGUGCUGAAGGGAAGGGUUGUUGGGACAAUGUCGCAACGACAGGAAAGAGAUUCCCGGUCUGACUCUCAACGGAGGACUAACUCUGCAUCCAGACUUCAAGAUAGAACCAACACUCUCCCAUCAACCCCCAAAAGGCCUCCAAACAGAACCAGGAAGAGGUGGUCCCAGGCAGAAGACGAGCAGCCUUUAAAAUGCUCGGCCCUGUGGCUCGUGAUGGAAUACUGUGACGGAGGAGACUUGAAUCACUUCCUGCUCUCCAGACCGCCUGACGCCCAGCGUAACCAUGAUGUGGUGCGGCAGCUCAGCAGUGCCAUGGCCUUCCUGCAUCACCUUGGUAUCAUGCAUCGAGACCUAAAGCCUGACAACGUGCUUGUCAGGAUUCAACCCAAUGGUCCUGUUUAUAAGGUGGCAGACUUUGGCUUGAGCAAGAUGAGCUCAGACGGCCAGAUGGAUGGUAAUCUGACCAGGAAGCAUUUCUCUUCCACCUGUGGCUCAGACUUCUACAUGGCUCCUGAGGUUUGGGGGGGACUGACUUACACGGCCCAGGCAGACAUCUUUUCGCUGGGUGUGAUGUUCUGGGCCGUCCUGGAGAGGAUCACCUUCCUGGAGGAAGGAACCACACGGGAACAACUCGGUGCGUACGUAAGUAAGAGUCGCUGGUUGAUGCCACUGGGCGAAGCUUUGUGGGAGAACGCCGACCUCCGGCUGCGCAUCCCCAUGAAGUCGAAAAGAGCAACCCGGCUGCCACCCCCUCCCGGCCUGGCAAUGUGCAGCCUACUUUCCGACAUGCUCUCCUCGGACCCAGAUUCGCGGCCUCCAGCGGACCAGCUGGAGUCUAGGGUGUGCGCUGCUUUGAAAGAGGACUCCUGCUGACACAAAGAGCUACUAAUGGCCACAUCCGAAGCAUCACCCGCGGAGCCAUUGACUGCGGCGUCUCCUCCAUGUGUAAAUAACAGCCGAGAUAAACCCCGUCCAUUCAAGGUGAACUAUUUUAUUUAACUAUUAUAUCAUUUGGAGCUGAUCAUUACUGACUAGCACUUAAAGUAGUUCCAAUGGGAGUUGAGUCUCAAUAUAACCACAUCAUGACAUUCUGCAUCACGCAUAGGAUAUGUAUUCAUCAUCCACAACAUUAAAUACAUCUACACAAUAUAACGUGAGGGAUGUAUCAGAAAUUCAGGGCUAAUGCUCACUUUUGAGAGUUUCUACUGAUAUUAAAGUUACUACUAUAACAGAAUGUGUCCAUACAGCACCAAAAUGAGAACAACUUAACAUGUUUGCUCCACUUUGGAGCUUCAGUCUACUUUUCUGACCCGUAAAUGUAGUUAGAAUGUCGUAUUCUCGUUUUAAACAAUGCCAAAGUUUCAGACAAUGAGGUUGCCGCAUUUGGAAGUCAGCCCUCAAAAGAAGUUUGGGAUGUCUCAAAACAAUCGGUUUCAAAAGGCGUGGUAAAAACUGCCCCUUUGUGACAUCACAGAGGAGCGGCUUCCUUAUAUGGGUGUGGCUGUAAGCCAAAUAAGCUCUCUGCAGCCGGAUUAGCCAACAAUUUUGCUAAAGCCCGAUGCUUUCAGAAGGUAAUAAUUCAGUAAGUAAUUUAUCAGUGUUUAUUUUGUGUAAAUCAUGUAGCAAAAGCGCUUGUAUACAGGGAGCAGGGUUGCUAAUAGCCGUUUCUGGAAGUCCUUUUUAAGCACCAACCGCAGUAGAGUAGGUGUGCCUGGAGGCAGGCCUUGGGUGGAAUACAUUAAAACAUACCAUUAUCUCGGGAACCACUGAAUGCAAAGAAAUAUAGCUGAAUAGGUGCAGAUUCUGGAAGAACUAGAAAGCUUUGUGUGCUGGUUAUCGUGUGUGUGUGGUCAACUCAAUACAAAGGGCCGAAAAAUGAGGUCCCCUUUAAAACCUGGAGCUCUCCUACCUAACCGCCAGUCUAGCUAACCGCUACAUUUCUAUUCAUCGCUUAGAUUUCAUCAGCAUUUUAUGGAUAUUGAUCAUGUGUUUAGUGUACCUGUUGUGUGUGUGGGUGUGUAUGUAUACACUUCCUUUCUCUCCCCCAUGAUUGGGCCUUAGUUGAAUUGUGUAAAUAUGUAUAAAAAUCUGGUUUCACUACUCGUCUUAUGAUGAAAAAUCACUAUUUAAAAAAUGAUAUACAGUAUAUAAAGUUUACAUUUAAGUGAGUCAUACAAGUACACAAUGUGCUCUAUUGGGACCUCGUGUAGUAUGUGAUGCAAGCGCCAUGCUUAGCCGCUGGCCGUUCAUUUAAAAGGAGCAUGUUGGAGCUAAAAGUCGUUUCACACAGUAAACGACUUUAAUGAAACCCGGGGGAUUACUGCUGUGCUUUUUAUGUAAAUAGAUUUCUUCCUGUUUUGAACCCCAAAAUUAAAUUGUUUAAGAAUGGCAUGUUGCAUUCACUGCAGCCCACAUAUAUUCACUAUUUUGAUUGUUUGUAUAUAAGACUUUUAUAUAUGACUUUUUUUUAUAUUUUUGCCUCAGAUAUAAACCAUAUUUUAUGCAGGUCUUUCAUAGU